GUAAAUAACGUCGGGCUGGAGGAUGUCAUGCAUGAAGAUGCUGUGGCUGCUCUGAAGAACACGUCAGAUAUUGUGUACCUCAAGAUUGUCAAACCCGCCAGCCUGUACAUCAAUGACAGCUACGCUCCUCCAGACAUCACCACCUCUUAUUCACAGCAUUUGGAUACUGAGAUGGGCCAUUCCAACUACCUGGCUACAGAUUACACACAGACCCUCACACCUACUUCUCCGCGCAGAUACUCCCCGAUUCCCAAAGGUCUGAUGGGAGAAGACGACAUUCCCAGGGAGCCCCGGAGGGUGAUUAUACACCGUGGAUCGACAGGCCUCGGAUUUAAUAUUGUCGGUGGUGAGGAUGGAGAAGGGAUCUUCAUCUCCUUCAUCCUAGCGGGUGGUCCAGCAGACCUCAGCGGUGAGCUCAGGAAAGGAGACCAAAUCCUCUCAGUGAACGGAGUGGAUUUACGGAAUGCAACUCACGAGCAAGCAGCAGCUGCCCUGAAGAAUGCUGGACAAACCGUUACCAUCAUCGCUCAGUACAAACCCGAGGAGUACAGUCGCUUCGAGGCAAAGAUCCACGACCUACGGGAACAGCUGAUGAACAGCAGUAUCGGAUCAGGGACCAGCUCUCUGAGGAGUAACCACAAACGCGUGUUUUAUAUCAG